GUUCAUUCCCAGCGAGCUACAGAGCGCAGGCGUGUUGUCACGUGAUCUUUCUCCUCCUUCCAAUAUGGCGGCGCCCAGCUCUUGCAUUCGGAGCCACCUUGUGCAGAAUAAAGGACUGAAAAGGAUUUUCUCAGGCAUCCAACCAACUGGAAUCCCUCAUCUGGGAAAUUAUCUUGGUGCCAUCACAAGUUGGGUGACGCUGCAGGAAAAAUGCAGCUCCGUCUUGUACAGCAUUGUCGACCUCCACUCCCUCACGGUACCGAGAAAUCCGGACGUCUUACGCACAGGCAUCCUGGACAUCACGGCUGUUCUCCUUGCCUGUGGAAUAAAUCCACAGAAGUGUUUGCUUUUCCAGCAGUCUCAGGUACCUGAACAUUCAGAACUUGGCUGGAUUCUGGGGUGUUUCACAAGCAUGUCACGUCUGCAGCACUUUCCUCAGUGGAAGAUAAAGAACACCAGCCAGAUGAAUGAAGGAACGGCUGGCCUCCUCACUUAUCCUGUCCUCCAAGCUGCCGAUAUUCUUCUCUACAAGUCCACACAUGUUCCUAUUGGAGAAGAUCAAGUCCUUCAUUUGGAGCUGACUCAAGAUCUAGCCCGCCGCUUCAACAAGAAAUAUGGGGAAUUUUUCCCAGUACCCAGAUCCAUAUUAAGUGCAACAAAGAGGGUAAGGUCCCUUCGAGAUCCCACCUCCAAGAUGUCAAAAUCAGACAAUCAGGCAUUAGCCACAGUGUUCCUAACUGACAGUCCUGAGGACAUAAAGCUGAAAUUUCGUAAGGCUGUCACAGACUUCACCUCUGAGAUAACAUAUGACCCUGAAAACCGCCCUGGCGUCUCCAACCUGGUUACCAUUCACUCUGCUAUAACAGGGCUCAGCCAAGAAGAAGUGGUCCACCAGAGUACCGGCCUCCAUACUGAUCGUUAUAAGACAAUAGUAGCGGAAGCGGUCAUUGAAAAAUUUGCACCCAUCAGGAAUGAAUUCAAGAGGCUGAAAGAAGACAUACCUUACCUAGAGAAGGUUUUAAGGACCGGGGCAGAAAAGGCCAAAGAACUUGCAGGCCCUGUUUACUGGGAAAUCAAAAAACUUGUGGGAUUGCUCUGACCCUAAGGAGAAGCGGUCUUUGUUGUUUUUUCUUGAACCCAUUGUCUUCUUGGAAAUUCUCUUUGUUCUUUCGAUUCACAAGAGGAUUGGUAGCCAAAUCAUUCCCACAGCACCUUGCAAGGCAGAAGAUAUUCAAGUUCAAGGCCAACCUCUGUGUAGUUUCUCUCCUCCCACUGAAUUAUUUGAGCUGAUUAAAAAAACCAGAACCUUG